AUGGACGAGCCCACGCCCGAUCACUACAAGGCCCUCGGCGUCGACAAGACUGCCGACGCCUCGACCAUCAAGGCCACUUACCGCAAACUCGUCCUCAAGUGCCAUCCCGACAAGGUCACAGAUCCUGCCCUGAAGGAGCAGAAGCAGGAGGAGUUCCACCAGAUCCAGCAGGCCUACGAGUGCCUCAUCGACGACGAGAAGAGAGGCAAGUACGACGCACUCGUCACGCUCGAGAAGCUGCGCAAGGAGAGGGCGACAGCAAGAGCAUCUGCGCCACGCGACAGGACUGCACGCUUCGAUGUCCCCACAUCAGGCGGUGCGUCCUUCGCCGCCAACGGACCUACGCGCUACACCACCGAACACCGAGUACCAACCGCAUCACGCGAAGACGACGACCGCUAUUAUGCACGCUACCACAGCACCCCGUCCAAGACCACUGCAGCUCCGAGAUCCACUCGCGAGAAGGAGUCAUCCAAAAGCUCUCGACACGCCAAGGAAGAUAGAUCGCGGUCAGAUCGCGAGAAAACGCGUGCUAAGGAAGCCCGAAGCGACCGCAAGUUCACCUCUGUCGAUAGUGAGUCAUCGUCGGAUGAGAAGGCGCGCUACGAGGCAGCCUACAAGAGCCGCACUGAGGAGGAGGCUCGGCGCAGGGCAGAAGAACGCCGAACCUAUGAAGACAACCGAUACGCCGGCGCCACUCCAGCUGUCCCUACCCAGCGCAAGAUGAGCGUCCAGGAACAGGAGGCGCUUCGCUACCAACACAAGUCACGCGCACAGGUCGAAGAGGAGAUGUCUUCUCGUCCCUCGCCAGUCAGGACGUCUUCGCGUGACUACUACAACCCUGAACCCCGCCUUCAACGACGCGAUAGUGCUCGACCUGAGCCUGUCCGCAGGUCAUCUGCCCGGCCAAGCAAGGAGAGACCGAGCCUAUCACGUCGCGAUACCGAUCGCACUGAUCGUGGCCUCCCAGAGGUUGUCGAGUGGGCCGAUGACAGAUACGAGGAAAGACGAGUACCCAGCUUCAAGCAAACGACAUCGUCCCCUGCUGAGCUCGCACGUGGAAUGCCUCAGCGCUCAUACACCGACAGGUCAACGCGACAUGCCGAGAACACGCCACCGUCGCUAAGCCGAUCAUCUACAAUGCCUAAUGUUCCCCACGUCUCCUCGUCCUCGCGCAGAAAGGAAGCCGCCGUUCCCCGCGGACCCUCUAGUCUUCGCGAGACUAUGACGCCUGAACAAUACAGCAGCCCCGAGAAAUACACCAGUCCGGACAAGUACGCGAGUCCUGAGAGGGAUGCUUUCCCCACCGUCCCACCCUCGUCAACCGUCAAGACAUACUACUACCCUGUCGCUGGAGGCGGCGUAUCCGCAGAAGCACCAUCUCCUACUCCUCGACACGUUGUUCGUGAGCCCACAGGACGCCAACACCGCUCGAAAUCGCCGCUUGGCAAGCCCCCGAUUGGUCAAAAUCGUCCAGCAGAACCCGUCGCAUACAAAACCGUCCAGCGGCCGUCGAUGCCAGGCCGCACCGAAUCUAGUCGCACUGAUACCAGUCGCAACAUCUCGCCAGUCCGUGAAGACCGCGGACGCUCAGGACGGCCCAAACUCUACGGCGAAGUCAGCGGCGAAUCCCGACACAGGGUGCGCCAGACCAGCAUCGAUCCCAACGAAGUGCAGUAUGCCCGCAGAUAUGGUCCUGAGGAUGUUAGGUGGGCACCAAGAUCUGGCGAACCUGAUAGGGGCUAUGCCAGCAAACCUACGCUUGGUAGAACUGCUACAUAUGUUUACUAA